AUGCCGUUGGAGGGAUGCGAAGGUCGGGAUUCCACGAAAAUGCGUGACCGCGAGAUCGUCGAGGAGUUGCGGAGGUUCUCUGAUGUCCUUAGCUGCGCCGUGCGGGGCACCGCGAACACGGACGUCUGGGAGGAGCGGCUGGAGGCGCUGCGACAGCUUUCCAAACUUGCCCGCGGCGACAUCUCCAAGACUCGCGGAUUUCUUUCGCUGAUGGGCAUGUGCGUGAAAGUUCCGUUGCAACGCCACCUUGAGGAGGUGCGGACUGUGUUGAGCACUGAGGCAUGUGCCGUGGUGGUUGCGUUCGCGGAACAUUCAAGCAACCGCGCUGCCUGGCGAGCUGCGAGUGAGUGGUUUAUUCCCUCCUUGCUGCAGCUGACGACGCGCACCAACCGUGUCUUGCUGUUGUCCGCGGUAGAGACUUUAGAGACGCUCGCAAGGACGAAUAGUUUUGGGCCCGCGGCUUUCGCGGAACUUCUUCGCGGCUGUACUGCCCGUCACGCGGCAACGCGGCGGAACGCCCUUGCUGUGCUCCAGAUCGUCAUGCAGCAAGGCCAGAACGACGACGACGAUGUUCCGCUUUCAAAGUCUAUUGAUGCCAUUUGCAGGGUGCUGCGGGUUGCAUUGGCAGACGCUGAUGCCGAGACACGACGACGUGCCCGAUUGUGUUUCUGGACCUUUCACGCAAGCGAGCCAGAGGCGGCGGAGCGGCUCUACAAGGGGAUGGAAAACCCGGUGAAGCGGUCACUGGCCCGCAAAAUGAGCCCGCGCAGGGCAAAGAAGAAGGGCGGUGCGGUCGUCGAGAGCACACCGGUUGCCGUCGCACAAACAACGAAUGCAGCAGACGGAGGUGCGGAGGCCGCGAAGAGGUCGCCGUUGCCGCCGCAGACUUCUCCCGCUGCAACCAGGCGGCACGGCGGCCCCGCUCUGACGACGCCGGAUGCGGGAAAGGCGGUGACGGAAGACGUGGCAGAGAGUUGGGCGUUAGUGCACGAUGCGCUGCGAAGCACGUUGUGGUCUGAGCGCCUCUUGGGCCUCCGACGCCUCUCAGAGGGCUUUCCCCGCUUCCGGCAAAAAGCGGAGUGCGUGAGGCUGCUGAUUCCGCGCCUAAACGACCCCAACUCUCGCGUGGCGCAAAUGGCACUUGAGGCGUUGCAGGUGGUGAUGCGUGGCUUUCCCGCCCUACUGAAGGAGGCUCUGCCGGAGGUGGUGACCGCGCUGCUUGUCAACGUGAGUGGGAACAAGAAGGCGUUGUUGACCGCCUCGCGGGAGCAUCUUGCCAGCAUCAUCCAGUUGAGUGCCGUGGAUGACGUGGCGCGCGCUAUUUACCGCACACUUGGCGACGUGGUAGGCCCGAGGGUGAAGGUGCACGCCGUGGAAUACGCUCAGUACCUCUAUGAGCAACAUGCGGCCCACUUUGAACAGUCCUCGCCAAUGACUCUGGCCAUGACGCAUCUGUUGCAGUGCCUAAGCAGCGAUAAGAAGGGCGGUGAUGUAUACAGGGCUGUCAUUUCGGCUCUCGCUGCGCUGUAUGCCUCGACGGAGGCAAAUUUUCUACGAACGCUGCUUCAGUUCUCACCAAGCGAGCGCGAUGCCCUUGUUGAGGCGUUAGAGCCCGCUGUUCCGCACCUCGCACAGGAGUGCCGGCGUCGCGUGAUGGGCGAGAGGCCGCUGCAGCACGCCCCUCUGCACAUUCGCUCUCCGUUUGCAGAGAAACUUAGACACGCCAGUGACACGACCCCAAACACUGGUUCAGGGAAUGCGCGACGGCGGGCGGCGCGACGCGCCCCUUCUGCUUCUCCUCCUGCCAAAAAGGAGGUGGAUGACAGACAGUCCCGUGGCAUUACACCUGUCAAGGAGCAGACGAAUGGUGGGUUGGAUCCAACGCAAGAGGCCAACCGCGAAGGGUUGGCUCCGGUGCCCUCAGCAGCCUUGCAACGGUCCCCGUGCCAUGAGUCAUUGCUGGGCACGCGGAAUUCCACUCACCGUGGUCCAGCUGCAUCUGUGGAGCUGCCCUUCUCUUGUCAAGCUGCUUGUGCAAGCGAUGACCCGAGUGAUCUUCUUCUUUGCUUGGACGAAACCUGUGGCGGUGUGGGCGCCAGUGCUGUUCUCGAGCGUAUCCAAAAUAUGCUUGUAACAAACCCAACUCCGUGGUUGGACGCCUUUGGGCACCUGCUAAUGCGGCUGGAGAGAAUUAUUCCUCAGUCGUGUGAACCCAACCAUGCCGUGCGGCGUCGAGGGCUACUUGUUCUACAUGCAGUCGUUGGACAGAGGCUCCUUCGGCGACCUGUUAGCCGGUGUUUAAAACGCGUCUUCCUCCUCACGCGUGUGGGAAUGGAUGACGUCUUCCCCGAGGUGCGUGUCGAGGCCACAGCUGUGUUGCAAAUGCUCCUUAGUAGCGGCCUCUACCCCACUGACCACAUUUUAAAUGCGAUUGCCAUGAGUUUAGAUACCUGGUUGGCUGAGGACAGUGGGCACAGCAGCAGCGGUUGGCUGACGUUACUAGAAUCCGUAGAACAUCUGUUUGCUCGACUUGGAAGAGACAUCGUCUUUGUUCAGGACCCUACAAACGGAUAUGUGGCACCGCAGGAUUCUGCUGCUUUGGCGGUUGUCACUGAACCUGUGUUUCGCCGUCUGUGUGGUGUGGUGAUUCGGGCGUUGCAUCACGCUGCGUCCGAGGUUCGACUUACCGCAGUCCUCGUGUUUGUCGCUGUAUGGACGAGCCUUGACACUGCCGCCCUCCCCUACAUGGUGGGCCUAACAGCCAGUCAGCGUAAACUUGUUUCGCUCUACUACAAUAAGUUGGCGGCUGAGCGUGUGUCAGGGCUGCACGGCACUAUGCAGCAGCGCGACUUGGCGCGUGAGAUGCGUGUCAUGGGGCUACCGGAGGCGGACUGCCUUUAG